AACCUUUUUUUAAGGGGUUAAUGGUUCGCGAAUGUCAACCAUUAAACCGACCGAUAUGACAAUUCUUGUGUUUAUAAAUUCGAUUUUCUGUCGUAAAGUUUACUAAUUUUUAAAGUGUAUUCUCUCCAAGAAUGAUUUACGGUCGCGAUGUCGCAAGUCUUGCUUGGCUACUUCGCUAAUUGUCCCGAUUUUUGUUGAGAAUGAACUUUAAUCCACUUUUGUCAUGUGAUUUCGGUCGCUAUCAAGCCUGUCAGUUCUUCCUCCAAAUAUUGUCUGCCUUAACAGCUGGUUUGCAUAUGCUUUCCUUGGUGACAGUCGCCGCCGUACCAGAACAUCGCUGCUUUAUAGACGGUCUCGAUAAUAGCAGUUAUGGUUACUUUCCUUGGAAUAAGGAAGACUUUCUACAUUCUAUACCGCUUACAUCAACAGGUGACUUAGAUUCAUGUCGCAUGUUUAGUAGUGCAGAAGGGAAUUCCUCUAUACCAUGUAAUGCGUAUGUUUAUGAUCGGACUUAUUAUGAGACCUCGCGUACAAUUGAUUGGAAUUUCGUGUGCAAUCGCCGUUGGAUGGGUAGUAUUGUGCAGACCAUAUUCAUGUUGGGUGUUUUCACGGGAGCUGUGACUUUGGGUGGUCUAGCAGACAAGGUAGGACGUAAGACAGUAUUCUGUUGGUCAGCUUUAUUGCAACUAAUACUCGGUGUAGCAGUUGCCUUUAUACCCGAAUACUUUUCGUUCAUGGUGGCGCGUUAUUUUUUGGGAAUAUUCGGUUCGGCCGGCUCGUAUAUAUGCGGUUUUGUUUUAACGAUGGAAUUGGUCGGUACCAGUAAACGAACUGCCUGUGGCAUAGCUUUUCAGGCCGUUUUCGCUAGUGGCAUCAUGUUGGUGGCUGGCUGGGGGGCAGUUAUAAAAGAUCGUCAGAUUUUACAAAUUGUCUAUGGCUUGCAUGGCUUGAUAUUUAUUGGUCAUUGGUGGCUAUUAGAUGAGUCACCCCGUUGGCUAUGGAUGCAGGGACGCUGUGGAGAAGCCAUCGAUAUUGUGGCAAAAGGUUUAAGCACGAACCGCUCUGGCAUACCCAUCGAUAAAGAUUAUUUCUUACAAAAAGCCAAAAUGCAACAGAGCGCAGAUGAUAAAACGAGUGCUGGUCUCGGUGAUUUAUUUAAAACUCCUAACUUGCGAAUGAAAACGCUAAAUGUCUGCCUAUGUUGGUUCGCAAACUCAUUAGUUUAUUACGGACUCUCUUUAAGUUCAGGGAAAUUGAAAGGCAAUCCUUUUUUGAUGUUAUUUAUAAUGGGUUUAGUCGAGUUUCCCAGCUAUAUUGUAAUAGUCUUCAUAUUAGAUCGUUUAGGUCGACGAUCCAUUACCAGUACCUUAAUGAUUGCUGGUGGCUUGUGCUGCAUAGUGGCUGCUAAUAUGGCACAAGGUUCUUCAGCUUCCACUGCCGUCGUUAUGAUGGGUAAAUUGUUUAUAGCAGGCUCGUUUGCAGUCAUCUAUAAUUACUCGGCCGAGUUGUUUCCUACUGUGGUACGCAAUUCAGCCAUGGGCUUGGGUUCAAUGUGUGCACGUCUCUCGGGGGCGUUAACUCCUCUAAUUACUCUUUUAGAUUCUUUUGAUCCAAAAAUACCUGCCGUUACCUUUGGCGCUUUAGCUUUAAUAUCUGGAAUCUGGGUAAUGUUUUUGCCAGAAACAAUGGAUAAAGCCAUGCCGGAGUCGAUAGAAGACGGUGAAAACUUUGGUAUAGGCGAUACAUGGUUUGCUCAAUGUGCCGGACGGCGAGAGAGCACCGAACUAGAAAGCCCCGAACAAAUGGUGCCUUUAAAGACAAUGGAUAAGAAAUAAGCCAUAUAUUAUAUUUGAAUCCCUUUGGAAUAUACUCACCAAUAAUUUAGAGCAAUAAUUAGAAGAUUAACUGACUUCCCUAUGACUUUUGUUUAGAAAAUUUUAUCAGAAUUUUCUUUGGUAGAAAGUUUUUAAGGAAUCUUUUUAGGAUAAAGAAAAGAUUUAGAAAAGAAUUUCUUUUUAA